AUGGACUACCCUUGGGAUUUGGAGAGUCAGUUUACUGGGGCUAUCGGCCCUCGUGAGUUCUCCUCGCUGUCCUCCAAGGCCAUGGCUUCCCUAGUCGCAUCCCCCGACCCGUUGCGCAAUGUCGACCCUUCCAACCCCCAGUCGCAUUUGUCGCGAAUACUGGUCCCACGACCGCCGGAUACGGAGAACAACACCAUGGUCCGGAAGUACAUUGUUGACACGAUGAAGAAACUGAACUGGCACGUCGAGGAGGACACCUUCAAUGACACCACACCAUACGGCGUGAAACAUUUCACGAAUGUGAUUGCUACGAAGGACCCGCAGGCCCCCCGACGUGUCAUUUUAGCUGCACACUUUGAUAGCAAGUUCUUCGCGGCAUAUCCGCAAAACCAGUUUCUUGGUGCUACGGACUCCGCGGCACCCUGUGCAUUCAUGCUGGACCUCGCAGAAACGUUAGAUCCUCUACUGAACGAGCGAAUGGCACGAUUAGAGAAUGGCGAGGAGGAUGACGAGGAUGUGGCUGAGACUACGCUGCAACUGGUAUUCUUCGAUGGGGAGGAGGCGUUCAAGGAUUGGACCGCUACAGACUCGAUAUACGGCGCGAGACACUUGGCACACAAGUGGUCUACGACCUACAUCGCUCCUCAUUCAAAACGAAGGUUACUGCCGGCUUCGACUACGGAGCUUGGGACGAUUGAGCACCUCAUCUUGCUUGAUCUACUCGGGGCACCCCACCCACAAAUUCGAUCUUCCUUCGUCGACACGGCCUGGCUCCAUGACGCUAUCGCGUCAGCAGAAAGGCGACUCGCAGAUAGUGGCGCAUUCGCAUACGAGAAGGAUGGCAUCAAAGCGGUCGAGACGUUCAGGCCGUUUUUCGUCCCCCGUGAGGGUCCUCAGUUCAACUUUGGUGGGAUCGAGGAUGACCACAUACCCUUCUUGAGGCUUGGUGUGGACGUGCUGCACAUCAUCGCCAGUCCGUUCCCACGAGUAUGGCAUACCCUCAAGGACGACGCAUCUGCUCUGGAUAUAGCCACGAUGCGGCGCUGGAAUCUAAUCCUUCGUGUGUUCAUGGCGGAAUACCUCCAUCUCCGACCUGCGGAGAUAGACUACUUCAUUGGUGCCUUAGAGCAAGGCCGUAUGCAAUUGUAA